AUGUCACAAAAUAAUAACCCAUUUUCCGAAUUAAUGGGAAGCAAAAAUAAUGAAUCUAGCAGUGGGAAUUCAGAAUCUAUUUCAGUUCAUAAAAUAACAUCAACGAAAAGCAAUGAAAAUCAGUGUGUUGAAACAAUCAACAACAUUGUCGAAAAUGUUUUCCAUUUUACCAUAAAUGCAAAUGCUGCUGAUGAAAAGUCUGGCAAGCAGCUUGUUUAUCUUGAAGAAUUAGCGCAAGUUAUGAAUUUAAGUUGCAUUGAUUUGGAAACUUUAGAACAAGCUCUAUUUGAAAGAUUACUUCUUGGAGAUAUUGAAAAAAAUGUGAUCCCCAAAUCAAGCAAAGUUUUCAAAGAACAUGUUGUUCAAAAACUUGUUUUCCCUUACUUAUUUAACUCUAUGCAAAAUUUACAAAGCUAUGAGAAUAUAAAUGAUGAUAUAGUAAGAAAUGGAAUUAAAAAGAUGAAAGAACUAAUAUUUAGAAAUGCUGUUACUGUUCUUAAACAACCUGCAUUAUUUGAAGAGCAGGAUUUUGCAAAACAACUUUUGGAACUACUACAGCAUGUAGAUCCGCAAAGCCACAUAUUCUUUAUUGAUUUAGUAAAAGCCUUCAUGGCUGAAGGAAAUGCAGAAUCAAAAGACCAAUUGAGAGAUACAAUGAUUCCAGUCCUGAAAAAAAUGCAUAUAGAACUGAAAAGUUUUAAUGUAAUUGACUUGCCAAUUUAUAUUUUGCCAUCUAUUAAUUUAUUUGCAAGUACUCCAUUUUUAGCACCAAUUUUAUUGGAAGCAUGUGAGCCAGAAGAUGAAACUAUUGGGAUUCAUUACCAAAAUACAAUUAUAGGUGGAUUACUUGCUUUGUCUCCUCUACCAAAAACAGCAGUAGGGCAUCAUAUCUUUUUUGAUAAUCCCUUGGAUCAGACAUCUAUAUCAAUGACAGAAACAUCUCUUUGGAAUGCUACAUCACAUCUUAUAAAUAAUAUGCACAGAGUAUUUUUGACACUAUUAAAGGCAGGCCCAGACAUUAAAUAUAGGCUACUAAGAUGGAUUGCAAAAUGUCUGAAAAAUAAUGCAGCCAGGGGCAAAUUGUGGAAUAUUCAGGGUGGUGAAUAUAACUCGUCCACAUUCAAUUAUGUAUCAGACAGUUUUAUGUUAAACCUGGGUGCAGUUUUAUUACAACUUUGUCAACCAUUCUGCUCUGUGCCAAAUGAUCCCAAGUCACUUAAAAUAGAUCCAACAUAUGGCGCCGUACCUCCUGAAGAAUGCGAAGCGAAAUCAGUGCACUUGGACUGCCUUCAUACGGAGACAUGUCUCCUCCCAGCUCGGGAAACUGAAGAGGGAGUAACUGUUAAACGUCCAACCGCCGAGACAUACAACUUUGUUACUGAAUGUUUUUUUAUGACACAGAAGUGUAUCGACUUGGGUUUCCGCGUUUGUGUCGAAAAGCUGUACCGGUGUAGCCAAGAAGUGAGCAGGAUCCAACGUCAAGUGGGGGUCGCCGGAACCGCUAGUAAUGCAAUGGAACGCUUCUUACAAUUUCAUAUGACCAAAUAUUUAUGCCUCCGUUGUGCGUUGUUAGAGAAGGAGACUCUCGCAAACCUGAAUCGCUUCCAAGCGAUGACAUGCACUUGGCUGGUCCAGGUCUCGAUUCGGGAGAACGAGAUCCGAUCGUGCUAUGCGCCCGGCACCCUGGCGCCCGUGGACCUGCCCGUCUCCACGCCGCCGCCUGACACGUUGAGAUGCGUUCCUGAAUUCGUGUUAGAAAAUGUAAUAGUGGUAAUAACGAUGGCUCGACGCAUGGUCGGCGCCAUCACCGAGGAGGCGGACCUGGCUGGACUGCUACAGCCCGCUUUGACGCUCGUGUUGGCCUUCAUGAGGGACUCGAGCAGGACCUACAAUCCACAUUUGAGAGCCCGAUUGGCAGAAUGUCUGGAAGCAAUGUUACCGAACCAUGGCGACGAACAACAACCGCUGAGCAACAUGGCGUCCUUCUAUCGGGAACAAUUGUUUAAGGAGCACCCUCACAGACUGCAGUUAGUGCCGUGCCUCUUGGACGUGUUCGUAGGCAUCGAGAUGACAGGCCAAAGUGUCCAGUUCGAACAGAAGUUCAACUACCGCCGACCCAUGUACGUCGUCAUGGAGUUCCUUUGGGGCAUACAGGAGCACCGGGAUGCUUUUACUUAUCUCGUAGACGAAGCAGAAGCGAACAUGGAAGCAGUUCAUCCGCCAAUUUUCCUUCGCUUCGUGAAUUUGCUGAUCAACGACGCCAUCUUUCUUUUGGACGAAGCCCUCAGCAAUAUGGCCCAGAUACGCAUCAUGCAAAAUGCGCGAGAAUCGGGCGCAUGGGCAUCCCUUCCUGCACAUGAGCGUGAGCAGAACCGGGCAAAUCUGACCCAUAUCGGAAUGCUGGCCCGUUUUGAUAAUAUUUUGGGGAAAGACACGGUUCGCACGUUAGCCCGUUUGACUGCGCACGCGCCGCACUUUUUCUGUCACCCGACUUUGGUCGAUCGGGUUGCCUCCAUGCUGAAUUACUUCUUGUUGCACCUCGUGGGACCUACCAAGAGGAAUUUCAAGGUAAAGGACAUGAAAGAAUAUCAGUUCGAUCCGGCCGUAAUAGUCCUGGAUAUUUGUCGGAUGUAUGUGGAACUCGGUUCCAACGUGAGGUUCUGCGCUGCGGUCUCUGACGAUGGAAGGUCCUAUUCGCCACAGCUCUUUGCCCUGGCUGAAACGGUUUUGGUGAGAAUUGGAGGAGGCUGUUUAAUAUCAUCCCUACAAGAAUUGGCAUCCAGGAUUAGCACAUUGGCCGUUCAACGAAAACGCGACGAAGACAUCCUCGCGAACGCCCCGGAAGAGUUCCUCGACCCCAUCAUGAGCACCCUGAUGCUCGACCCGGUCGUGUUGCCCAGCUCCAGGACCAUCGUAGACAGGACCACUAUUGCUAGACACCUCCUGAGCGACCAAUCGGAUCCAUUCAACCGUUCCCCGUUGUCAAUGGACCAAGUGAAGUCGGACACGGAACUAAAGCAGAGGAUACACGCGUGGAUCGCCGAACAAAAGCAGAAAGUGCAAUUGUCUGAGAGUAGUUCUUAA